CAAAAUCCGGUCUCCCAUAGGUCAAUCCUCACUUCUGAGCUGAGCUCUAGGUUGGGAAUUAACUUUUUCGACAAUUGGAUUUGGUGUCAAACCAGCAAGCAGUUUGAAAGUUCUGAACUGGAUAAAGGCCAGACUUGCAGCGCUUCGUUCAUUUUCAUGACGUCGCGCUUCCCAAGGUUAGCAGCUCUUCGUUAUUUUUCCUCCAUGAGGACCCUCAUCACUGGCAAGGCUCCUAGCAACAUUCGCUAUCGCGGACCCCUGCUACCACUAACGCUCAGGCCAUUCUGCUCGACAUGCUCACAUUUCUCAAUGGACCAAUCAGUUUUCGUGCAUUCAUCAUCAGGGACUGAUUCAAGGCUAAAUGGUUGUACUGAUAUUGAACAUGAAGAAUUUCGAAAAUGGGACAAUGGAGGUGGCUCAUUCCAUAAGUCUUCUAGUAUUGAUCCAAGUGCAGUCAUAGAAAUUGGCGCCAUAGUGCAUUCAGAAUCUGUUUUAGCUGAAAAUGUUCAUGUUGGUUCUGGAUCAAUCAUUGGGCCUUCAGUUACAGUAGGGCAAUCAACAAGGAUAGGGUAUGGUGUCGCACUCACUAACUGCACAGUUGGUGAUUUUUGUCUUCUUCACAGUGGCGUCUGCGUUGGACAGGAUGGUUUUGGAUUUUUUGUGGAUGAACAAGGAAACAUGGUGAAGAAGCCUCAGAACCUAAAAGUGAGGAUAGGAAACCAUGUAGAGAUUGGUGCAAAUUCAUGCAUUGAUAAGGGCAGUUGGAGGGAUACUGUAAUUGGAGAUCAUUCAAAGAUAGAUAAUUUGGUUCAGUUUGCAGAUAGGUCACAAUGUGGUUAUUGGGGAAAACUGCAUACUCUGUGGACAAGUUGGUAUUGCUGGCUCAGCAACCAUAGGGGACUAUGUAACUAUGGGGGGAAGAGCUGCAGUUCGUGAUCAUGUAUGCAUUGCCUCAAAGGUCAGGUUAGCGGCUAACAGUUGUGUUACGAAGGAUAUAAAUGAGCCUGGUGACUAUGGUGGCUUCCCUGCUAUUCCUGUUCAUCAGUGGCGAAGACAAGUUGCUGCCCACCGCCGGUCCUCAAAGUAGAGAUCCAUUGGUCUAGAAGGCCAAUUUUAUGUCAACUCUCAUAAGUACAGCCCGUGUAGUAUUAUUCUUGUGUAAAGUCUGAUUGAAGCCUGGGAUGUAAUUCUUUGCUACAAUGAUCCCAGUGUAGUUGAUAGUGACAUAGAUAUCACUGUAGUAUACCGUCAUGCCCUUGUUGUUGGGAUUGAAGAUUUCAAUGCCUAACAUGACAGAAGUAUUUCGAGCACCUGUGUUGUCUGCAGUUGUAGACGUUUUGAUAUCUGGAGAAAGAACAUGGAGAUCAGCUAUGGUGAAGGUUGGACAUCUGGGGAUUAGAGUAAGCAAUAUGAGUAGAGAUGUCAAAAUCCAAACUGUCGCAACUUGAAAGUACCACCAAUAGAUCCGAGAUUUUUCUUUGUCUUGUUUUCUGCAUGCCAUUUUGGGCUCUUUUGGGUUCAUGAUAUUGCAGAAAGGUAUGCUUAUGCAGUUAUGCUGAGUUGCUUAGUAUGUUUGUUUCUUGGAUGUUUUAUACUUGUCAUUCUUAGUUUCCUUAAUGUUAAAGGUACAAUUUUAAUAUUUUAAUAAC